AUGUGCGAUCUAUGUUCGCCGGCACUUACCGAAACGAAAAACUUCGAUCAAUUGGUAAAACUAUUAUCCGAUCACCUAGAACCACAACGCUCAGAAAUAGCCGAACGCCACGUGUUUCGGUUACGUAGACAACGCCCCGGCGAGCCUCUCAUGGAUUAUCUUCACAACCUUAAACACCUGGCAACAACAUGUAAUUUUGGGAGUACGCUGGAAGAAAACCUACGAGAUCAAUUUGUGUCUGGAUUGGUCAAUGAAGUGAUGCGGUCUAGAAUAUUCGCGGAGAGAAAUAUCAAAUUUAAGGAGGCGGUGGAGUUGGCUCUGGCGCUGGAGGCUGCAGAGAAGCACGCGGAGGUGAGCGGGGCGACGUCGGUCCCGACUACGGCCUCGUGUGCAGGCGGCGAGGGCGCAGAAGCCCUGCAUCAGGCGAGCGACCGGCGCGGCCCGGCGCGGCGGCCCUCGGCUGUGGCCGGCGGCGGCGCGCGCGCCCGCGGCCGGAGGGAUGCGGACGAGGUGCGCUGUUGGAGAUACGCGAGUGCCUCCGAGGAUGAGGACUUCUUCAAUAUCGAAUUGGCGGCUAAAGGUAAUGGACCCUAUUUUAUCAAAGUGAUAAUCGACGGUCAUGUAUUAGAAUGUGAAAUAGACACGGGGAGUCGUAUCUCUGCCAUUAGUGAUCAACUUUUUAAUAAAUUAUUCCCUAAUAAAAAAAUUAAUACAGAUAAUCUCAUUCUACGUUGUUAUUCCGGGACUCAAAUUAAGUCCCUUGGUUAUAUUAAUGUAAAUGUUACUCUUAACGAAAUUAAGGCGGAAAAUCUAGCUUUAUACGUCAUAGAAAAUGGGUCGCACCCUUUAGUGGGCCGUGAUUGGAUGCGCGCUUUGAAUAUUAAAAAAAUAACGUUAAAAGAAAUUGUAGAAGAUAAUUUUAUAGACUGUUUAAUAAACGAAUUUCCUGAAGUGUUUACAAAUAAGUUAGGUACGUGUAAGAAAACAAUUCAAUUGCAUCUCACGGAUAAGGAACCGGUUUAUGUAAGGGCACGCCCCGUUCCCCUCGCGCUGCGCGGCCGCGUCGAGAACGAGCUCGAGCGCCUCGAGCGCGAGGGUUAUACCUACCGCGUGGACCACUCGGAGUACGGAACUCCGAUCGUCCCCGUGGUGAAGGAAUGCGGCGAAAUACGUAUUUGCGGGGACUAUAAAAUUACGAUAAACCCGAAAUUAAAACGUGAUUAUUACCCUUUGCCUCGUAUAGAGGAAUUGUUUGCAGCAUUGAGUGGGGGUGAGGAGUUUUCAAAAAUUGAAUUGAAACACUCAUAUCAACAAGUCCUUUUAUCAGAGGAAUCUCAACCUUAUACCGCGAUUACUACUCAUAUCGGCACCUUCGUAUAUCGCCGCACACCUUUCGGGUUAUCAUGUAUACCGGAAAAAUUUCAAAAAAUUAUGGAAGAGACGCUCCGAGGGGUUCCCGGGGAUAAGGUGCUGGCACACUACGAAGAGGGCCGGCCGUUGGUGUUGUCGGUGGAUAGCAGCGCGUACGGGCUGGGCGCCGUUCUCGCGCACCGCUACCCGGACGGCAGCGAGCGCCCCUCCAAAAUGCGGUAUCCCUCAAACGGCUGCAAGUCGCUUGCAGCGCUGGGCGGCGCGGUUAUCGGCUUACGAAUUUUCGGUAGAAUUUGUGCGUUCGUGCGAGAACAGUCCGGCCGAUGCGUUAUCCCGCUUACCCCUGCCGUGCGAACACCGAUCAUCAUCGCCUGCGCCGUUAAGUUAUAUCAAUAUAAUAGACGAUAA